GAUGAUUUGAAUGGUUGUAUUUUGUCGACUUUUUUUCUACGUGUCUGGUUUUUAAAUAACAAGAAAACAAGAUACCAAAGAGGACAAAAUCUAGCAACAAUCUAUCUUACCUAUCCGCCAACGACCUCCAUACAUUUCUAUACCAAACUAAUUAUAUUUAGUUGGAAUUCGUACCCUGUUCAGUGACGACGAUCCGAUCGCGGUGCAAGUCAAUGGUGCGUUAAUAUUUCCGUGACCCAAAAUAAAACACCAAUUGAUCAAUAAUAACUUAUAUUUUUUUUGUAUAUAUUUUUGAAAAACAAGUGUUCAUGUGAAUGCAUUAACUUCAAUCCUUAAAUAACAAUUUAUUUGAUAAAGUUAUUGAUUACAUGUAUAUGUAUAUACAUACUCAAGUAUGUACAUUAACAUUAAUUAAUACAUUUUCCUUUCUGCUUCGUCUUUUCUUUUAGAGCAUACGAAUAUAUGUAUAUUAAAAAAAAUAUUAUUAUUUCAAAAUGUAAAGGGAGUUGCCAUUCUUGUCAAACGAAAGAAAAACAGAAUUAAUACUUUCUAAACUUGUGUGACCGUAUAAGUUUAUAUAACCGGUCAAAAAGAAAAAUAUGUUUUGUCUAGAAAUACAAAGUGAAAAUAGAAAAUUUUUAAAGUUUUAAAUAAUAGUAAACAGGUACACGAAGGCAAUAUUUUAAACCAGUUAUUUAUUUAUUUUAAAACAAAAACAUGAACAUGUGUUCUAACAAAAGAAAAAAAAGCGAAUUCGUAGUCAUAACUUUUGGAUUACUUCUGCUUGGAUAUGUAGCUGCUGACAAUGCAGAUCUUGGAUCCGGUUUAACAGUGACUGAAUCUAUCUCAACAACACCUAAUUUGUUGCAUAUUUUCUCCACUGAUUUAGAAAAUGAUACAAAUACGAUUUCACCGGAAUCAACCACAGUUGCAGAAGAUACAACAAUAUUUUCGACUGUUGAAGAUUCGACAGAUUCAACAGAAAAUCUCGACACAAUUUUCAAUGCGACAACACAUAAGCUUAUUGAACCUUUACUUUCAGUUAUUCCACUUAAUAGUUAUAAAUCAUCCUUAGUAGAUCAAACUCCAGAAAAAUACUCAUCAGAAAACUCUUCUGCAAUAACCGUACACAACCACAACAGCAAUGAAGUUGAAACAGAGACCACGGCAAUGCCCAUUACGACAAGCACAGAAUCACAACCCACCACGCCCAUGUACAGUGAUACUACCGAUUCUGAUGUGAAAACAGGAAACAAUUCCGUUGAUAUUCCUGGGACUGAAAAUAACAUAUUCGAAAUUGGUUUAAUUUCCACAACUGAUUAUAAUGUUGAUGAAGAACAAACAACAAUGACUAGUCAUAUAGAGCAAACUCAACUAUCCAACAACAAUACCGACUUUCAAACUUUGAUGAAUACCGAAUCAACCAUAAAUAGAAUUGAGGAGAAAAUGCCUUCAAUUAACUCACAGGAUAAUGCCAAUUCAUCACAAGUUGAGAACUUAGUCGAUAUGCAAGUUUUACAAGGAGUUACUAGUGAAAAAAUUGAUAAUUCAAUAGCAGUAACCCCGACUACAUUAGACCUUACAACAGAAACAACAGUAUCGCCUCCUAAAGAUGCCUUGCAGGAAAACGUUACAAAAGAAAAUAGCCCUUUCCCUACAAAAAGUGCCAAGAAAGAAGUAAAUGUUUUGGUUGAUGCACUUAAAGGAAGAUCAAUGAAUUUAUCGUCGGAAAAUCAGGAAGAGACAUUCUAUAAAACGCAAGGACGUUCCAGUGACAUUAAGAGUCUUGAUGCAGAUGAUUUAUACUCAAAACAGGCGCCAACAGUUGUUGAGGAACGAGUAAAUGCUGAAGAUGAAUUCAAUACUUUUGAUAAUAGAAAUCCAAAUUUUAAUUUUGUGACAACAGAAAAAAAUUAUGAAGGAAGAAACUACGAGAAUCUGAAUUCUGAUAUGGACUUGAGUGAUGUAAGCAUGGAUACAGAAGAUUUAGAUUUCAAUGGACACAGGGUUAAAAUGGGUAAUGAUGAAGACCAUUUAGCACUGGAGCCACAUGAAGAUUAUGAAAUUGGAAAAAAUCAUGAUCUCAGUUAUUAUGAUAAGAAUCUGCAAAUAAAAUCACAUGAAGAUUAUGAAAUCCAACAAGAUAAAAUUACCAAUGCAAGCAAGGCUGUUGAUUCAACGAGCAGAGAAUGUUUGGAAGAUGGCAAAAAUUACAAAAAUGGGGAAACAAUGGAUCGUGGAUGCAACGAAAGAUGCACUUGCAAUCGCGGUGAAUGGAUCUGUAAACCUAGAUGCUCGGGAGUUUCCUUCAAACGUGGGACCGUAUUCGAAAAAGCCAAUUGCCACGAGGCUCCAUUUGAAGAAGAUGAGUGCUGUUCAAUAAUGCAAUGUACUACAAUGGAAGCAAAUCCAGCUAAUGUUGCUCUCUUUAUAGACUCAGACGUAAUUAAGCCUCAAAUAACGCCAUCACCUAUUGAAUGCCAUUUCAACGGAGGAACUUACAAAUUUCGUGAACGUCUUGAAAUUGGUUGUGAUGAAAUAUGCCACUGUGAUGAAGGUGGCAAAAUGAACUGCCGCCCUAGAUGUGCUGAGCGAAAUCACACCCGUUUGGAAAAGUGUGUUUUAGUGAAGGACCCAAAAGAUAUUUGCUGCCAGCUUGAGCUUUGCGAUGUGACAUUAGAUGAUCACGAGCAAACUCCAUCGCCACCUCAUUCUGGGAUUGAAAAUUCUUUGUCACCUAAUGAAGACUCACAAUUAACAGACUUAUGUGUCACAAAAGGAAUAAGCUAUAAGGUUGGACAACAGUUCCACGAUGGAUGUGAUGCUCUCUGUAUAUGUACUAAAGAAGGUGUUCAUUGUGCCAAACUUGAAUGUCCAUCAAGCUUCGGAUUAGAUGUGAUUGAUCCACACUGUUUACGUUGGGAACCAGAGCCUGCUUCGUUUCGGGCAAUCGCUCCAAAAUGUUGUCCGGAAAAAAUGCGAUGCGUUGAUAAUGGAACUUGUAACUACAAGGACCAUAAGUUCGAUAACUGGUCACAAAUUCCAUCAAAUUUGACAGGAUGUGAACAACACUGCUAUUGUGAAAAUGGUAGAGUUGAAUGCCGCCCAGCCUGUCCACUAGUGUUAGCAUUACCACCAGAUGAUUUACCUUGCCAUAAAUCUCUAGCAAGGCUUCUCCCAAUACCUGAGGAUGAAUGUUGUAAGCACUGGGCAUGUGCUCCAUCAGCUGCAAAAGUGCCCUUACCCACUUCAAAUGAUACAAAGGAAAUCAACUUAAAUGUAGCACAUGCAUUUUACCCGACAAUAGAUGGAAAAUUGCCGAAUAAAAAAAAUUACGUGAACAAAAAUGAUCAAGAUGAAAAAUUAAAGAAACAAAAUGCAGUAUUCCCACAUGACGAUAAAUAUGUCAGCCAGAAUAGUGGAACUUCCGUCCCUAUUAGAAGUACUUAUGACAAUCCAUAUGAUCAGAAACUUCGACCUCAGCCUGGUUUAGGAUAUUUUAAUACGUAUGAACCAAAUUACAUUCCCCAAGAAAAGCCGCAAAGUGAAAAUUAUAACACUGUUGGGGAAAACAAAGGCAUUCUUAAUCCAAAUGAAGUCAGUAUAGAGCAUAUCUUACAACAUUUUCAUCAAAACAAUCCAAGCCAAAUAAGCUAUGGUCAAUAUCCGGGCUUUACAUCUGCGGCUACUGACCAUCAACAGAUGUUAGGAUUGGCAGCACCAGUUAUAGUUUUUGAAGGACAAGACAUUGACUAUCUAAGAGGCCACGACACACUUCCGUCAUCUGCUUCCAAACCACACCAUGGACUUAAAACUCAAACAGGUCUUUCUUCAAAUAAUCUCCAAUCAGAUUUAAAAGUUAUUACUCUUGAAGCUAUUGAUUCACGGAAAGUUCGCAUAGUAUUUACUGUACCAGAAGCGUAUGUGAAUUUGCAUGGUAGAGUUGAACUACGUUAUACAAACAGUUCUAAUAACGAUACAUCAACUUGGGAGUCCCAAGUAUUUGCACCACCAGAAGAUCUUAUUGCCACUUCUCAACUUGAAUUUGAUUUACCAAAUCUAGAGCCAAAUUCUAUGUACAAAGUAAUCAUAAAACUUAUUUUGAAGGAUUUAAAUUCACAGCCGUCCAGUCAAAUUUACAUAGUUCACACACCACCCGAUCGUACAAUUACACCACCUCCACCAAUCUCAGAUUACAGACCAGAUUUUGAAUAUACCUUAAACAAUUUUGAAGAUCCCGAAUUGAAAAUCAGUUCCGUAAAUUCAACUUGGUUGCAAAUGAGUUGGAAUAAGCUGUCAAAUGAAGAAUUGGAAUAUAUCGACGGACUUCAAUUAAAGUAUAAAGAGCUCACUGAAAUGGUUUAUGAUUCAACGCCACCAAUUCAUAGGACACUUUCUUCAUACAAAAUAGAAAAUUUAAAACCCGAUACUGGAUAUGAAAUUGCUUUAUUUUACAUCCCAUUGGCAGGGCACGGUGCUGAGCUUAGAGCUGGGAAUGUAGUAAAACUACGCACCCCUCCAAAUGUUGAUAUGUUUGCAUUUAAUGUGACUGUCAAUGUUACUAAAGUGAAAUCAACUUCUGUUGAAGUUCUUUGGAAUGGUGUACCUUUCCCGGAAGAUAAAUACGUUAAUAUUUAUAGAAUAAUUUAUCAGAGUGAUUCUGGUAAAGAAGAUUCCAGCGUGUUUAAAAUAUCUAAAAGUGAUUCUUCUACUGGAAAUUUGAUUAUGAAUCUUAAGUCGGGUACUAAAUAUCGCCUCUGGCUUGAAAUGUAUCUCACAAGUGGGAACAUAAAAAAAAGCAAUGUUGUUAACUUUGUAACCAAACCUGGAGUUUCCAUCCCUCCUGCUAAAACUGAUAAACUUUCAACAGCCAGUGUUGGGGACCCAUCUGUUGGCGAUUACUAUGGACUACUAGUAGUUGUGUCAGUAAUUGCUGCUCUUGCUAUUAUGUCAAAUCUAGUCCUGCUUUUAAUACUCACUAGAAGAAGAGUUCAUCAAACAGCAACUAUUACACCACCAAGAAAAAGUGAUGCUGCUUAUGAUAAUCCAUCCUACAAGGUUGAGAUUCAACAAGAAACCAUGAAUCUUUAGCGGAUUUAAACUUCUUAGCGAUCCGACAAAGGAUUUUGUAAAUACAAGUAUAUAAUAUGUAUUUAGUUUUGUAUCGUUUUUUGUUAUUAUUGAAAAGUAAAAUUGAUAAAUAAUAAGCAUUUGUUUCUCCAGUUUUUCAGAAUAAGUUUUAAAUGUAUGUGUUUUUUUUUUUUUAAAUACUUUAAUUGUGUAUGCAGACAAUAACGAAAUGUGUUAAAUAUUUAAAGAUUAGUUUAAAUUAUAACAUUUAAACUGUUGGUUUGCUUUUAAAUCAUAACUGCCUUAACAGACUACAUGUAAAAAAGUAUAUACGAGUAUAAAUAAAUCCUAUUUUAAAUUGA